AUACUCACUCAACACCCCCCAAAAGAACAAAAAACCACUUAGCUUGUUCGAAUUAACCCCUCUAUUAUUCCCAAACCAAUAAAAAAAAGAAAUAUGGGUUCAACCGGUGAGACACAGAUAACGCCAACUGUGGUGUCCGAUGAGGAGGCGAACCUCUUUGGGAUGCAGCUAGCAAGUGCCUCUGUUCUCCCAAUGGUUCUGAAGGCAGCAAUUGAACUUGAUCUGUUGGAGAUCAUUGCCAAAGCUGGCCCCGGAGUUCACCUUUCUCCGGCUGACAUUGCGGCGAAGCUUCCAACCACAAACCCCGAUGCUCCGGUGAUGCUGGACCGCAUGUUGAGGCUCUUGGCUUGCUACAACAUCUUCACCCACUCCCUCCGUACCCUUCCUGAUGGUAAGGUUGAGAGGCUCUAUGGUCUUGCACCUGUUGCUAAGUUCUUGGUCAAGAAUGAAGAUGGCGUCUCUCUUUCUGCUCUUAACCUCAUGAAUCAGGACAAAGUUCUCAUGGAAAGCUGGUACUACUUGAAAGAUACAGUGCUUGAAGGAGGUAUUCCAUUUAACAAGGCUUAUGGAAUGACAGCAUUUGAAUACCAUGGCACAGAUCCAAGGUUCAACAAGGUUUUCAACAAAGGCAUGAACGAUCAUACUACAAUAACAAUGAAGAAAAUCCUUGAGAUCUACACAGGCUUUGAAGGUCUUAAAUCUCUAGUUGAUGUUGGAGGUGGUGUUGGAGCCGUAAUGAACAUGAUUGUCACCAAGUAUCCCCAUAUAAAGGGCAUUAAUUUUGAUUUGCCCCAUGUUAUUGAAGAUGCACCAUCUUAUCCGGGAGUGGAGCAUGUUGGUGGCGACAUGUUUGUCAGUGUUCCAAAAGCAGAUGCUGUUUUUAUGAAGUGGAUUUGCCAUGACUGGAGUGAUGAUCAUUGCAUAAAGUUUUUGAAGAACUGCUAUGAUGCACUCCCCUACAACGGGAAGGUGAUAGUGGCCGAAUGCAUUCUUCCGGUGGCGCCGGAUUCUAGCUUGGCCACGAAGGGCGUGGUCCACAUCGACGUGAUCAUGUUGGCUCACAACCCAGGUGGGAAAGAGAGAACAGAGAAAGAGUUUGAGGCCCUUGCCAUGGCUGCUGGAUUCCAAGGUUUCCGAGUCCUCUGCUGCGCUUUCAACACCUAUAUCAUGGAAUUCCUCAAGAAGCCUUAAAAUUGUUGGCCAUGGAUUCGUUUAUCAUGUUAUACAUGGGUUGACAGAUUCUACUUAUGGUGCCUUCUUCCACGGAAAAUGUUAAUUUUUCUCCUCUAAAGUACACAUUAGGCGAAGAAUAAUGAACACGUUGAUUGUAUUCUACCUCUAUACUAUAACAAGUCAUAUAUUUUCGGAUCCUUCUCUGUAAUGCCAAAUACUUUUCGGAUAAUUAACAAGAACUUUCCAUUUUCCAA